AUGUUUAACAUGUGGCUGUUCGGCCUUAUUGCUGUAGCCUUACGUAGUCUGACAGUCGUUGCUGCCUUGAAACCGAUUUGGCAGCAAUCAACCGUUAAUGAGCCUGAACAAACAUAUCCUGGAACAUAUUUGGUAAUUGCGCCUAAAGUGGUAAGGCCAGGUUUACCGUAUGCUGUUUCGGUGAAUGUACUCAAAAGUUCGGAAACUGUUCAUAUCGUCAGAGUUGAAAUACGAACUGCACAAAAUGAUACAGUGGGAGCUCGUGUUGUGAAUAAUGUCAAAACAGGAAUACCACAAACAAUAACAAUUGAUAAAUUGUCACCUGAAAUUCUUCUACCUGGCUCAUUGUAUAAAGUAUAUGUAAGAGGCGAGACAUUGAGUUCAAAGAUUUUAUUCGAAGAUGAGCAAGAUGUUCGUUUUGACGAAAAAUCACUUUCCAUCUUUAUACAAACCGAUAAAGCAAUCUACAAACCUGGAUCUAUCGUGCGAUAUCGUAUAGUAGUGGUUACACCUGAUUUAAAACCUUAUUCGGAAACUGUUUCUGUCAUGAUCAAAGAUCCAAAUCAGAAUAUUAUUAGUCAGAAAAAUGAUCAACCAUUGAUGAAAGGUGUGUACUCAAAUGAUCUGGAACUAUCAGUGGAACCACCGCUUGGUGAUUGGCAAAUAAUGGUAAAAACAAAAAGUGGUAUUAAAUUUGAGAAAGAAUUUACAGUCGAUAAAUAUGUGUUGCCAAAAUUUGAAGUAAACGUGAAGACGCCAAGUUUUAUUACUGUCAACGAUGAUCUAAGCGUUCAUAUCGAAGCGAAAUAUACGUAUGGAAAAGGAGUAUCCGGUAAAGCAAAAGUGACAUUAGAAUUACCUUGGCAUCUUUUCUCGGUACCAAUAGUGAUUUCAGAGGAUGGAACUGCUCAAAAGACAGAACAAGAGAAUGUUAUUGAACGAACAGUGAAUUUGAAUAACAUUGGAGAAGCAAUGAUCGUUUUUACAAAUGAUGAAUUGAAGAAGCAUAAAUUAGUGACCGGAUAUGGUGGUAGUUCAGUAAGAAUUAUUGCAACAGUUACUGAAGAUUUGACUGAUAUUAAAAGAAAUGCUACCGCACAGAUUGUCGCUUACCGGCAUGAUGUUAAGUUGGAUAUGGAAAAACAGGGUGAAACAUUUAAACCAGGCCUUGGAUAUAAUGUUGUCAUUACGCUGAAACAAAUGGAUAAUACACCGGUUAAGGCUACCAUACCUAAACGUGUACAGGUGACAACAUUCUAUAGCUAUCCUUAUGUACCUGAUUCAAUAACACAACAUGAAGAGAAAGAAGUGAAAAUUGUUGAUUUGGAUGCUCAUGGAACUGCAGUAAUUACGCUGCAACCACCAAAUAAUUGCACUGAAGCGCGAGUUGAAGCACAUUAUGAUCGCUCUGGAAAAGACGAUUUCAAAGAUGCGAGCAUUUAUUCAGUUCUUUAUAUUGAAGCAGGCAAAAGUCCAUCAAAUAACUUUUUGCAAUUAAUUGUCGAUCAUACCGGUGUUGUUGAUGCGGGGAAAACACUCUCAUUCACUGUUAAAGCUACCGAACCGUUAUCAACAAUUACUUAUCAAGUAAUAGCUCGUGGAUCGGUGAUUCUUGUCCAAAAUAUGGCAGUUAACGGUGAUUUAGCAACAAUUACAUUCAUAGCAACAUCACAAAUGGCACCGAAAGCAAUGUUGGUCGUAUAUGCCAUCAGAACAUCGAAUCAAGAAAUUUUAGUCGAUGCUACCGAUUUCCGAGUUGAUGGCUUAUUCCGGAACAAUGUGUCACUUACAGUCGAUCAUGCCACAGCAGAACCGGGUAGUUCAGUAAAAUAUGUCAUAAAAGCAGAUCCGAAAUCAUAUUGCGCUUUACUUGCUGUUGAUCAAAGUGUCUUACUUCUAAAAUCUGGAAAUGACAUCACAAAAGAUUUGGUAGAACAAGAUGUGCAACAAUAUGAUACAACGGUUACUGAUGAUGAUUUCCGAUCAUGGGAAGCAGAUAUUUUACGUCGAAAGCGAUCUGUUUGGUAUCCAUGGUGGGGAAUUGGUGGUAAAGAUGCGGCAACGAUUUUUGAGAACUCGGGUUUGGUUGUUCUAACAGAUGCGCUUCUGUUUCAUGGAUUGCCUAAUAUUGCAAUUCUUAUUAAUAGUUCUAUCAGUGAAAAUACCAUUGAUAUUACCAGUGAUAGUGCUAGUGUAUUAGUGUUGCAAUUAUUGCAUAAUUAUCAGCAGAGUAUCACUAUCAAUAAUAUUAUCACUAUGGAUAUUGUUUGUUUAGUAUCACACUUGGUUGGCAAUGUCAUCACAUCAUCACUAUUGUUACCAGUAUCACUAACAAUAUCAAGAAUAGGUUUAGAAUUACAAGCAUUCUGUGGAAUAGGAUUUGCGCAACCAGUAGUAGCACAAUCAUUGGAGAGUGAUUUCUCUGAUGCAGUAUCAGAAAACGAUAUGAAUUCUGUUACUUCUGUGAAAAACUCUGAAAUCACACGAAUAAGGAAGGAUUUUCCGGAAUCCUGGAUAUGGAUCUCUACCUUUGCUACCGAGUAA